UGAUAGGUUUUUGGGAAGGCGGAAGGUUUGAAUGGUCAAGGCUUUUGGCUGUUAAUCUUACUCUGAGGCUGUAACGUCAACCGUCUGCAGAGAGAAGCUGCAAAACCCGACCCUGGCCUAUCUGGUCGAGAGGCAUAGAUGGCUGGUUAAAUCGCCGCCUUUACCUCAGAUUUUCUUUAAUUCUUCUAGAAUCUUCGCUUGUGUCUGAUUUCCCUGCCUACUUUCAUUGCUCCUGAAGGCAAGUCUUGGACUCAAACCUGAGAACUUGGAGACCAUGUCUGCAGAAUUCUCAUCCAAAAGAGAGGAGGGAAGCCUUGCCUCAGGACCUAGUUUUAGGUCCAAUCAGAGGAAGAUAUUAAACCUGCUUCUUGAGAGAGAUGCCUCCUUUUCCAUCAGUUCAGAUCUCCCUAGAACUCCAGUGGAGAAGAAACUUUUUGGUGACUCUGCAAACCUAAGCAUUUUGUCUGGAGGAACCCCAAAACGUUGCCUUGAUCUUUCAAACCUUAGCAGCGGGGAGAUGUCUGCCACUCAGCUUACUGCUUCUGCAGACCUUGAUGAAACUGGUCAUUUGGAGUCUACAGGACCUGAGCAAGUACAGUUAGCUAGAAUGAAUUACCACCAACAUCUUAUAAAAUGUAGCCCAACACAGCUGUUUUGUAGCACUCCGAAUGCCUUGGACCGUGGCUGCAGGAAGAAAGACGCAGUAUGUGGCUCAUCUGCAAAUAAGGAAAAUGAAAAGAGCACUUCAAAGCCCCUGGAGUGGUGGGUACCCAGGAACCCGAGGUCUCCUCUUUCUCUACUGGACAAUGGAAACUUGGUGGAAAGUGAAAUGAAACAUCUGGGCAGUCCCAUUACUACAGUUUCAAAGUUACAUAAAAAUCCAGAGCUAGCAGAAGAUCAGGCAGAAGAGAUAUCAGAUGAAUUGAUGGAGUUUUCACUGGAAGAUCAAGAAAAGGCUAAGCCACCUCUGAACCGGAGCUCCCUGUAUCGCUCCUCAUCGUUGCCAGACAGCUUGAACAGUCCAAGUCUGAAGCAGCUGGUAAAAUUCAAGGACAGCACAAUACCAGAUAAAGUAAAAAAGAAGUAUUGUUCAAACCACAAAAAGCUUGGAAAGGACUUAGGUCUAAAGAAAAUGGUCUCCCUCUGUGACAUCAACAUGACUCAGAUGCUGGAGGAAGAUUCAAACCAGGGGCCUCUGAUUGGUGAUUUCUCCAAGGUAUGUGCACUGCCAACCGUGUCAGGGAAACACCAAGAUCUGAAGUACGUCAACCCAGAAACAGUGGCUGCCUUGCUAUCGGGGGAGUUCCAGGGUCUGAUUGAGAAGUUUUAUAUCAUCGAUUGCCGCUAUCCAUAUGAGUACCUGGGAGGACACAUUCAGGGAGCAUUAAACUUGCACAGUCAAGAAGAACUAUAUAACUUCUUUCUGAAGAAACCCAUUGUGCCUUUGGAUAUCCAGAAAAGAAUAAUCAUUGUGUUCCAUUGUGAAUUCUCCUCUGAGAGGGGUCCCCGAAUGUGCCGUUCUCUGAGAGAAGAGGACAGGGCUCUGAACCAGUAUCCUGCACUGUACUAUCCAGAGCUGUACAUCCUCAAAGGGGGCUACAGAGACUUCUUUCCAGAAUAUAUGGAGCUGUGUGAACCACAGAGCUAUUGCCCGAUGCAUCACCAGGACCAUAAGGCUGAGCUGCUGAGGUGUCGAAACCAGAACAAAGCAUGGGAAGGAGAGCGACAGCUGCAGGAACAGAUUGCCUUACUGGUGAAGGAUGUGAGCCCAUGAUAUCAGGUCACCUACUGGCUGCCUGGGACUCACCAAAAGGCACUGUAGAAACCCUGAGCAGAAAGAGGCCAUCUUCUGUGCAGCCUUUUUUCAUUCUAAGAUGUUAAAAGAUGUCAGUAAACCAACAGGCUGCCAAACUAAAGAAAUCCCAGGCAUGGGGAUUGGUUAUGUUUUAGUAGAGCUGUUGGCUAGUAAGAAAGUCCUCGAGCUAGUUCUCCAAGGUUGGAGCCUUGGGUUGCAUGGAGAUUUAUGUUGCUUCAGGGGGCUGUUGCAUUCCUCUUCCUAACUACUCGCGUCUUCUCAGAGGUCAGCCAGAUCUUUCUCCUGGGCUUCUGCCUAUGCAAGAGAGAGUUGAGAGAGUUGUCCAUCUUCUUUCUUUGAAUUUUCCUUGUUUGUCUCCCUCUCUCUUCUUUUUUUAAAAAUGGAAAUAUAAACAUUGAUGAAUGAGAAAAACUCCUAGAAGAUGUAUAUAAGGAAGUAAUCACCACAUUUAAAUUCCUUCAGACAAAGAUGUAGCCAUCUCUGUUCAUAGCUGAGGCCAAAGUGCUUUUCUCCAGACCAUGGUUCUCAAAGUUUGGGCCCUGGUCCAUCAGCAUUAUCUGAACUUUGCUUGAAAUGCAGGUUUUCACAGCCCACUCCAGACCUACUAAAUUGGAAUGUCUGAGGUUAGGGCCCAGAAAUCUGGGUUUUAAAAAUCUCCCUUUCAGGUGAUUGUGAUGCAUGUCAAGGCUUGAGAACUACAGCUCUGGAAUUAAAGAAAACCUUUUAAAUGGAAUUCUUCAGCAGUGUUCCAAACUUUCCUUUCCUACACCAUUCCAUGGUAUGAAUUGCUUAAAAGUGUGCCCCAGACUCAAUUCUUUGUGGUAUCAAGACUCAGAAAACCAAAAUAAUUGCCUUUCUGUAAGACCAAGUGAUAGGUCUGAGUUGUAUUCCAAAGGUUCCUUAUCUUCACCCUUAAUAGAAUUUUAAAAAUAUUUAUUUAUUUAUUUUUGGCUGCACUGGACCUUUGCUGAUGCUCGGGCUUUCUUCUAGUUACAGAGAGUGGGGGCAGUGUGUGGAGGGGGCUACUCUCUAGUUGUGGUGCUUCUCAUUGCAGUGGCUUCUCAUUGGAGAGUACAGGGUCAGUAUUUGUGGCGCAUAGGCCCAGUUGCCCUGCAGCAUGUGGAGUCUCUUGGACCAGGGACUGAAACUGUCCCCUGCACUGGCAGGCAGAUUCUCAACCACUGGACCACCAGGAAAGUCUGCAUCAGAAUUUUGACUUUUCCCAUUUUCCAAAUUUUUUUUUUUUGUGCUCCACUUCAUGUUUCACAGAGACAGAUUUAGGAUGGUUGGAAGUAGAGAUCUGUGCCAUAUGAAGAUAAGAAUGAAAGAAAAGGAAAGCACCAAGCAAGAUCAGUUAGACUUCAGAAAGAUAUUUAAUUUAAUUAAUAAAUUUAAAAAAAAAUUUGUCCACGCCAUCUGGCAUGUGAUAUCUUAGUUCCCCAACCAGGGAUUGAACUUGCACUCACAGAAAGAUAUUUUAAGUUACAUUCUUCAGCAUUACCCAGGCUUUCCUUUUUUAGAGCUCUUUAAGGUGAGUAGGUUUUUGUCUGUGUAGUAAGGUACAGCCCUACUUGGCCUGGACGGCAGUGGAAUUGCACAUUGUCAUUCUAUGGCAUUAACCUGGUAAGUAGUCAUAGCUCAGGACUAGAAAUGGACAAAAGGCUGUGAAGCCUAGCCUGAGAUAGAAUGGAGACAAAAAUGACACCUUCCCAGAUCUGGAUGGAGCAGGGAGACUUUUUAAAAAGUGAGUGGGAGGGAAGAGUGUGCCCGAGUGACUGAAUUGAUUUUUGCAAGGCUCAAGAACACUCUUCUCCCAGAGUGCUGCAUGCUUGCCUCACAGCAGAGGGCACUGCUGUAUUCUCUAAGGCAGCUGCUGCAGCCUGCAGUCUCCACUCCUAGCUUGAACCUGCCUGUCCUGAGCCCUUGAGUUCUGAGCUCAGAAGGGCUGGGGGAAAAUGGAGAGAAGAGCUUCAAUAGGUGCAGACAGCUGAAGGAAAGAUGCUGUUAUUUUGUCCCACUCCACAUACUUCCUCACAACAGGUAGGAGCUUAGUCGCCUGAGCAGGAAACUGCUUGAAGCACCUCCACUUCCAAAUGUGAGGAUGGGUCCCUGACUCACUGCCUACCCUAGUGAGUCAUUUCCUAUAAUUCUUUCCAGAAAGGGAGAGCAAGCCCCUACCUGGGAAAAGACUGGUGCACAAGUAUUCACAUCUCAGUGAUCCUAAAUGGAAGUUCCAAGUUGUAAAACAUAAAGCUAGGGCUUAAUCAGCUAUCUACUUUGUGGAAAAUUAUAUUUGCCUAAAAGGCUACAUUUUCCCAUAUAGUUUCUUGUAAUAUCUUCCCACUGUAUAGGUACCAUGUCACGUGAUUCAUGUUAUUUUUAGGAACAAUAAUAAUAGUAGCUAACAACCUUUCAGCUGUUUACUGCUUGCAAGUAAACAUUUACUCAUUUUAUAUAAAUAAACUAAUUUUCACAACAAUCCUGUGAGGCAAGUAAGUAGUCACUAUUAUACAUGUGUACAUUUAUCCCAAUAAAGAAGUUGAGGAACAGAAAGACUGAGUAACUUGUUUAAAGUCCUACAGCUAAUGAAUGGCAGAGUUGGGAUAUGAACCCAGGCAGCAUGGCUCCAGAGUCUGUAAUGCUAAUGGAUUUUUCUGUUACUAAAUCCUCAUCGAUGGAACGAUGUGUCUUUCUAAAUUGGCAUUGUAUUAGGUGUUAAAUAUGUAAGUGCCUCAGUUAUAGGUUCUUGAGAAGUCAGGGCCAGAGGGUUGCUUCAGCUUGGGAACUGAAGCUAAGGGCAGAUACUAAGACCCCAAUCCAGAAAUCUUUGCAUGAGGCUAUGAAGGGGUUAGCUCUGUGCUGGUGUCCUUGUACUGACUGGUAUUCAUUCAGCAGGAAGUCAGGUGAUAAAGAAUGGAAACCUUUUGGUCUGAAAACACUUCUGGUUGCAAUCUCAGCCCCAGUACCUAGCUGACCUCUGCUACAGAGAGGGAAGCAUUUCCCUUUCCUUACCAGCCAUAUAUAAAGUGAGAGGCAUGGAGGAUCUUCUUUCCCCAUUCAGUUCAGACAAAUGUGAGGGACUCACUAGUUUCUUUCAAGGGAUGUCAAUUCUAAGUACCACAAGCAUUCAAAUAUGUCACAGUUCCUGCCCUCAAGGUAGAAAUGACUCUGUUUGCUUCCAUCCCUACAAGCACUCUGGCCCACUACCAUAUUCAGCAAAAGGAAGAAGAUCUAGCCUCCAACUCCAAAACUGUAGGUUGGCUGGUAGGGGCUGGCUGAGUUCAUAGAAUAAUUAACUUCUACGUGCCUCCUGCAGUGAUAUCAUUCCGUGUGUGCUAUGUGCCUGGCACUAAGCUAAACCCUUUACUCACUAUAUACUUGUUUAAUCCUCAAAACUGUUAUACAAAGUAAAUACUGCUAUUA